AUGUCACCCCGAGGCCGGCCCGGGCCUCCCUUGAGCAAUGCCUCUCCUGCCCCUUUCCCCCUGCAGUUCGUGGCCUUCUGCUCCAAGCACACCGAGGACCACCCCGAGGUCAUCUCCUACCUGUCCGGCCGCCACCAGAAGACCAGUCCGGAGUACCUGGCCUCGGUGGAGUUCCACAACGUCCUGAGCCGCUGCCUGACGCGGGUGCAAGCCAGGAGAAACAAAGUCUACGUUUACAUUAACGAACUCUGCACCACUUUCCGUGCCCAUUCGCAGAGGAAAAGGGCUGUGGCCCCCGGCCCCACAGACGCCCAGGAUGCCCCGGCUGCCCCUGCCCCCCAGACGCCCUCCGAGCCCGCCAAGCCCUGCGUGGGCAACAAGCGGCAGAUCCGCUACCUGGAGAACCUGCUGCGGGUUUACGCCACCGAGAUCCAACGGCUGCAGGAGCAGGAGCUGGACUUGGAGGAGCUGGAUAACCAGGAUUCGGCCUACCUGCAGGAAAGCCGGCUCAAGCGCCGGCUGAUGCACGUCUUCAAGCGCCUCUGCCAGCUGAAGGACUGCAACAGCCUGACCGGCCGCGUCAUAGAGCAGCGCAUCCCCUACCGCGGGACCCGCUACCCAGAGGUCAACCGGCGCAUCGAGCGGCUGAUCAACCAGCCGGAGGCCUUCCCGGACUUUGCCGACAUCCUCAAGGUGGUGCAAAAGGCCAACGACCGUCACAACCUGGGGCUGCCCAAGCGCCAGAUGGAGGUCAUGGCACGCGACGCCUUCCGUGACGUGGGCGCCCGGCUGCAAGAGCGGCGACGCCUCGACCUGGUGUACAACUUUGGCAGCCAUCUCACCGAUCAGUAUCGGCCUAAUACUGACCCAGCCCUGGCGGAUGUGGAGUUAGCCCGGCACCUGCAGCGCAACCAGGCGCUGGGUGUGCAGCGCCUGGAGGAGGUGAUCGCUCAGUUCGCUCAGCUGCAGGACAAGAGCGAGGAGCAGCAGCAGCAGCAGGGGGGCAGAGGGACCCAGUCCAGCAGAGCCGCGGAGGGGGAGCCGGCCUCCCCGAAGGAGUCCGUCUUGGGCACAGCCGCCAGAGAGGACAGCGGCGCAGGCCCCAAGGAGAGCAGUAAGACGGGGGCACCGUGGGAAGAAGAGGAGGAGGAAGAAGAGGAGGAGGAGGAGGAGGAAGAAGAAGAGGAAGACUCGGACUCGGAGUCCGACCUAGAGGCCGAGCUGGCCCACUGCCUGGAUGGUGGAGAGGAGGAAGAGGAGGAAGAGGAGGAGGCAGCGCCAGGUAGCCUGGGUGGCACAAUUCGGCCUNAGAGGACAGGAACGCGAUUGGCCGCCUGGCUGGGCGGGACGAGCGCGCCGGCGGCCGCCCAUUGGCUCGGCCGCGCUUGUCCCGACGGGAGCUGGUUCGAAUCCUUCAGACGUUGCCGGGGCGGGGUGAGCGGCGAGCGGCGUCCUCGGUGCCUCUGA